CUAAUAUAAUUUCACUCAUUUUUAAUUUUUUUUUUUAUUCAUAAUUGUUGUGAGAUGUAUAUUGCUGGAGUAACUUUGUAUAUAUUUACAAUUAAAAUGACGUUGUGUGCCUGCUGAGAAACAGAAAGAAAUUUUAACCGGUUUAAAAACUCGAGUUCAAGUUGAGUUCAAAUUCAACUAGGCUAUCAUAGCUAAGUUGUUAUUAGGCAAGUACAGGCUCUUUACACAUACUUUAUAUUACUUAUUAAGAUAAACACGUUUUUUUGCUAUUUGUUUACAAACCCAUCUCUGAUUAUGCCAGCUGUCAUGAUCAUGAUGCUGCAUAAAGAGUAGUUUAGUAUUUUCUUGUGUGUUUAUUCGAGUAUUUAUUAGUGACAUUAGUCAAAUUCAGUCAUUUCAUUGCAUCUUCCCCCUUUGCAAUCAUUAUUUCUAAGAUACGCCAACAUACAACCCUCAGAAAAAACAGUAGCCUAGUCAUGUAAUUCAAGUUAUGCAACAAAGCGAAAACUAAUAAAAAAUAAAUAGGCUAAACAAAAAAGGAAAAGAAAAAAAAAAACAACAGCGCUAUUCCUGAGAACUGAAGUGGGAGAGAGAUAGCCCACAGAUCCUAGAAAGCAAACAUUUAAAAACAGACUUGCGCUUCCACCGAAAUAGAAGCAAGAAAAACAUCUUAAUGUAGGUGGAGCCGAGACCUUCCGCUUGCCUUUGAUGAGAAAGUUACGCGUUUAACCUACUAGAGUGCGCAAUUCUCCCCGCAAGAAGAACACAACUGUCACUUCUAUCAAGUCAAGCGCGUACAGUCUCUCCAGCCAAACCACAGCGAUUGUCCUCCCUCUUUAUUGAAGUUUUUCUCGGUUGCAUCCGUACGACUUUUUUUCUUUUCUCUCUUUUGGAAAGCUGGAAAACACCCCGGAUCCGCGCUCGCUUCAGCAUGCGUUUGGCGCACGGAGCGCACUCUUGGCGAGCUCUUCAUCAUCACCAUCAUCACCACCAUCAUCAGGCGCAGGGAUGAUGUUCAACUCCUCGCUUGAUUUCUUCUCGUUCACUCACCCCGAGGUCGCGUCGGAAGUUCUCAAUGGUUCCUCACACUUCUUCUACAACAUCUCGAUGGCCAUGUGGAACAAAUCCUGCGGGGAGCAGCUGCUGGACUUCACCGCGGCGGAGAAGAUCGUCAUCGGCUUGAUGCUGGCCAUCAUCACCACCGUGACGGUGAUUGGGAAUAUGCUGGUGGUUAUCGCCGUGUGCGUGGUCAAGAAGCUCCGACAGCCCUCCAACUAUCUGCUUGUGUCCCUGGCCGUGGCCGAUCUCUCCGUGGCCAUCGUGGUGAUGCCGUUUGUGAUCGUGACCGACCUGACCGGGGGAAAGUGGCUGUUUGGAGAGGUCUUCUGCAAUAUCUUCAUCGGCAUGGAUGUGAUGUGCUGCACCGCGUCCAUCAUGACGCUGUGCGUGAUCAGUGUGGACAGAUACCUUGGCAUCACCCGCCCUUUGACCUACCCUGCUCGUCAAAAUGGUCAACUUAUGGCCAAGAUGAUCUUUGGCGUGUGGCUGGUGUCUGCCUCCAUCACGCUUCCGCCAUUUUGCGGCUGGGCGAAGAACGUCAACACGGCUGGCGUCUGUCUGAUCAGCCAGGACUUCGGCUACACCAUCUACUCCACUGCUGUGGCCUUCUACAUCCCCAUGAUCGUCAUGCUCUUCAUGUACUACAAGAUCUUCAAAGCUGCCAGAAAAAGCGGCGCCAAGCAUCGAUUCACCGACUUCUCCCGCAGGGAACGACUUGAAACCGUCGCCAGCGAAGCUCUGAGGAUGCAAGGCCUAAAACCUCAACACACGCCUGGAGUAGCAGAGGAGUGCGCCGCUCUUUCUCGAUUGCUCAGCCGCGAACGACAGAACAUCUCCAUAUUUAAGAGGGAGCAGAAAGCAGCGACCACACUUGGAGUGAUAGUUGGAGUUUUUGGGAUUUGCUGGCUGCCGUUUUUCAUUCUUUCUACAGCGAGACCGUUCAUUUGUGGGGUCAAGUGUAGUUGCAUACCGAUCUGGCUGGAGAGGACGCUGUUGUGGUUUGGAUAUGCAAAUUCAUUAAUGAACCCCUUCAUUUAUGCUUUUUUCAAUCGGGACCUGCGAUCCACCUACAGAGACUUGCUACGUUGCAGAUACCGGAAUAUAAACCGCCGACUGUCGGCUGUUGGUGUGCAUGAGGCACUGAAGGUUUAAAAAAAAAAAGAAAUAAGAAAAAAAGUGAAGUUAUAAAGGGUGACAUUUGGCCCCAAUUUGGUUGACGCACAGGUUAGUGAUGAUGGAAUCACUGUCAGCCAAGAAAGACUUCAAAGCUGAACAAUGUGCAAUGCUACAUUCACUUUUUUAUUGGCAGAGUCUUAGCAAAUGCAGGAAUCACAGGCUCCUGCUUCUUCAGAACAUUCAUAUUUGAGUUGCAUUGAGGUCAGUAUUUAUUUAUUUUUUUUGAUAAUGAUUUUGCUGUUAGCCGGUGGGCUAUGAUGUGUUAAGCUUGAUUUCACUGAGGAUUUGAACAAGCAAAAUACCUGCCAAUUCAGCACUUAUUCUUGAGCCAUAACAAAACAAAAAACGGAAAAUAAUAAAUCAAUAGUAGUUAACAAAAAUGCUGAAUUCAUUAAAAACAAUAUAAAUAAUGGAAAUGGACUUUAGGCAGCUAAAAUAAAUACAGAAACAUAUAUACACUACCGGUCAAAAGUUUGGGGUAAGGUUUUUUCCAUGUUUUUUUUUUUUUUUAAAGAAAAUUACUUUGUUCUUCAACGUGCCAUUUAUUAAAUGUAAAAUAUUGUUAAAAUGUUAUAUUUUAGCCAGCAUCAGGAUGUGGACGCACUGGGAGGCUGUUUUUGCACAUUUGUGUUUAUGAAUAGAUUACAUCGAAACGAACUCAAAUAACCCUGACAAACUAUACAUCAGUCUAAAGCUACAACCCUCAAGCAGCUAUUGCAGCUAGGUGUUUUUCAGUCGGAAGCUUAUAAAGAAUGUAUUUGCUAAAUGUGUGCAAGUUGCACAGAAAACGCUUAUUAGAUAUGGAGUAAAUAUCAACAAAAUAACAAGACACACAUGCAUACAUUGUUGUACAUCAGGGUUUAUUUUCUGAAAGGUAAGAGUCUAAAGAACAAAAUCCCAUUGAACACAUUUAGUCCACCAACACAAUAGUGUUGAAUUAUGGAUGGUUAUUCGUUUAUGUCGUAAUUUCUGCCAGAGACUUUUGUCUUUGUUGUAAAAAACAAGUCGAUGUCAUAGCUUAUAGUGUUACAGAUAAAAUGAGACCACAAACUGAAUAAAAGUCAAAGUUAGUGUUACUAAUAUCUAAACAAAGCAGUCGAGUGUUUUGAUGUUCUGCACAUGCUGCAUAUCAAUUACUUCCUAGUUUGACUGAUGGAGAAUUUAGCCAAUGGCUGCAUGAUGGCUGCAUAUGGUGACGUUUAUUUAUCUCAUGGACAUAACUGCUUUCGUACUGUAUGUAUUUUUAAACUAAAUUAUAGUCAUUAUUGCUUUUAUCAC